GCAUGCGCUAGAGUAACUUCCUUUUCCGUGUCUAUCCGCCAUAGUUGCAUGAAGUGGUAAUCAUGCAGAUCUUUGUGAAGACCCUAACGGGCAAGACUAUUACCCUUGAGGUAGAGCCCAGUGAUUCUAUUGAGAAUGUCAAAGCCAAGAUUCAAGACAAGGAGGGUAUUCCCCCAGACCAGCAGAGAUUGAUCUUUGCUGGUAAACAGUUGGAAGAUGGACGCACACUCUCCGACUACAACAUCCAGAAGGAGUCCACACUCCAUCUGGUGCUCCGACUCCGUGGCGGUGCCAAGAAACGUAAGAAGAAGAAUUACACCACUCCAAAGAAGAACAAGCACAAGAAGAAGAAGGUCAAGCUUGCUGUGCUCAAAUACUAUAAGGUUGAUGAGAAUGGCAAGAUCACCCGUCUUAGACGCGAGUGUCCCAAUGAGGAUUGCGGAGCUGGUGUCUUCAUGGCGUCACACUUUGACAGACAGUACUGUGGAAAAUGUUGUCUGACAUAUGUAUUUAAUAAGCCUGAUGAUAAAUAAACAUUCUCAAUAAAUCUUGUUUUCAAGUG